GGAGCCAUGUCGCUGGGAGUCUUGCAACUGAUUAGCAUUAUCCUGCUGAUGGAUCCGACCGAGGUCAUCACAGGACCUCCGCAAACCAAGGAUCUGUCCAGCCAAAGUCUGGAUGAAUUCCGGCAGAAGUAUUUGCUGCCCCUCAUCUCCUCGGACACCAGAAACUGCACUUUGAAUGCCUGUGAAUCGCUUGGAAUUGUAUCGCAACUACUAAUGCUCAUCAAUUCGAUGCCGAAUGGAACCCAAACAGCUUCCAACGAUAGGAAAGCCUCGAAACCCAAGGCGAAUGGCCAUACCAAUGGAGAUGGAAACAGUGGGGAGGUAAAUGCGCUGUCUCACUUGGCCAACUUCGAUCUGGUGAAGCGUGUGCGGCAGAUCGAGAGUCGUCUCCGAUCCGUGGAGCAGCCCAUCUGGCACUUGGCCACUGGCAGCCAGAUCGAGUGGAAUCACUGCACCUCCGGUGUUUGUCGCUGCAAUCCGGAUACCAAGAGCUUCACCUGCUGGAACACCAAUCUGAAGUCGGUGCCAGUCACUCAAGUGAUCCCUAUGAACAUGGUCAACAUAGAUCUCUCUCGGAACAUCCUGUCAACUCUGCACAAGGACACCUUUCGCGGACUGACGGUGCUCAGGGAACUGGAUUUAUCCAACAAUGUGCUGGAUUUUCUGCCCUUUGAUUUGUUCCAGGAUCUGGACAGCCUUCUGGUCCUACGCAUUCAGAAUAAUCAACUGGAGGAUAUUGAUCAUCGCACCUUCUGGAAACUGCGUAACUUAAAUAUCAUGGAUCUGAGCAAAAACGAAAUUGGCGUGCUGCCCGAAUCAAUUUUCUACCAUGCCCAGAGGCUGUCCGUGAUUAAUAUGUGCGACAAUAAGAUCCAGAACUUUCCACCCAAUCUCCUAAGAGAUCAGCUAAUGCUGGAGGAACUUGACAUGUCCCGAAACAAAAUCACUGAACUUAAAUCGGGCAGCAUCCGAUAUCUGACCAAGUUAAAGACCCUCGACUUUGGAUGGAAUCAAAUAUCCAAAAUACAUGAUGAGUUCUUUGUGGGUCUAAAGAGUCUGCGAACUUUAUCGUUGCACAACAAUCGCAUCUCAUCGCUCUCGGGAACAAUAUUCAAUAACUUGGUUAACUUAGUGACUCUGGACUUGACCAUGAACCGGAUAAGUCAUAUUGAUGGCAACGCCUUUGUGGAGCUCAAUAACUUAAAUGAACUGUUUUUGGGUCAGAACUCCAUGUCCAGCAUUCCUGCUAAUCUCUUCUUGAAUGUCAGUGGCCUCACACGAUUGACAUUUUUUUCCAAUAAUCUGACAACCUUGGAGGCCGAUGACUUUCAGGGAUUGAGUAAUCUUAAGAUUUUGUUGCUCAACAAUAAUGUUCUCAAAAAUUUCAAUGAAAGAGCUUUUGAGCCCUUAAAACAACUCGAGAAACUUCGCAUUGAUUCCAAUAAGCUUAUGUAUUUGCCCUACGGAUCACUACAUGUCCUGGAAAAGCUGGUCGCCGUCAAGCUUGACAAGAAUCCCUGGCACUGCGACUGUCGGGCUCUCUAUUUGGCCAGAUGGAUCCGUGAAUUUGUGCUUAAGCUCUGGGAUGGUCAGCAACCCAUGUGCCGAGGGCCUGGCGACUUAGGAGGUCACGAGGUGGGUCUGCUGCGUUACGAUGACCUCUGCGAUGGACAGUGGGCAAGCAUGUUGUCCCUUUCCCCGCGACUUCCUGUUCGAAAGCAUCAAAUUUCCACGCCCAUGAACUACACAGAUUACUUUAAUCUGUAUCUCAAACACAUCUAUAAUGGCACCACCGAUGAGGAGCUGAAGGAAGCUGACAUAACCAGCGUUGCUAUAAAAAAAGUCCAAUAAGAUUAAUGCAUCAGACAAAAUGAUGUUGAAAAAAACAUAUUAAAACCAUCCAAAGGUCUCUUUGGUAAUAAUUUAAUCUUAGUAAAAUCAUAUAAUGUUUAUAUUUUUAGUUUAUGUGUACUAGAGUGCUGAAGUAAUGUACUAUUUAGACACAUAUAAUAUGUGUAUAAAUACGAUAAAUAUUUCAUUAUUAUUAGACAAUACAUAAUUGUUUUCUGCGACAACAGCAAAUAGAUAGUUAAAAUACCAAGCCGUUACCAUCAUUUUUAAAUAACAGCAACCACCUAUUGAACUCUGGUGUUUUGAUAUUGUUUUUGAACUAUUUUAAACCAAGUUUAAAGCCGCUGGCUAAAAUGAUGUAUGUAAGAUUCAAAACUUGCAGGUUCUCUUUCUCCAAUCACGUUAGCAAAGUUUUCCACUUGUUCUUGUCAAAACAAAUUUAAAGUCAAUUAUGUAUUUGCAUGGCAGACAUUACGUAUUAAUUUGGAACCUCAUGGGAAAUAAACCAUCCUUU